UGGUUAAUGACACUGCCCCUGUGCUGAUGGAGUGGAGAUUUAGCCAGCAUGCUGUCAGGAUCAGUGUGUGGGUAACACCCAAACGACUGCCCAGUUAUACUUGGGUGCAUUAUAGCUUGUGGCUUUGAAGUGCCAUAACCCAUCCUUCACUUUGACUUUAUUGGCCAUGUGGUGCUGUGUUUACCUUUGGAAGCUCCGCCAGAUUAAACCCUCUUAACCAGCAAGUAGAUCUUAGGUUAUAGGACACCUGAUUUAUUUAAAUUGGAGGCAUGAUGUUUACCUUAGCAAACAGGCAUUUGGUGUCAAAUGCUGGUCUCCAACAUUCAUUACUUGGGUGACCGUGGGCAAGUUACUUAACUUCUCCAAGCAUCCGUUUUCUCAACUGUAAAGUACAGACCAAAGUAAUGAUAGUAAUAAUUGCUAUCUAAUAAUAAUCACAUUAUUAUUUACUAUGUCCAUAGCACUUACUAUGGACCAUGUAUUCUAAGCCCCUGUAUGUUUUGCCUCGUUUGACCCUCCCAGCAAUUCUGAUUUCCUUAUUGUCUGUCUUUUACAGAUAAAGCCAUCGGGGCACAGAGAGGUCAGGUAAUUGGCCCACUGUUGCCCAGCCAGUGCGUAACAGAUUUGGGAUUGGAGCCCAGGUUUGUCUACGGAUUUGGAGCAUCUGCAGUUGACCUGAAUUUAAGCAGCCUGUGCUGCUCCCUCACCCUUCGGAGAGAUGUCUGUCACUUACGAUGAUUCCGUUGGAGUAGAAGUAUCCAGCGACAGCUUCUGGGAGGUCGGGAACUACAAGCGGACCGUGAAGCGGAUUGAUGAUGGCCACCGCCUGUGCAGCGACCUCAUGAACUGCCUGCAUGAGCGGGCGCGCAUCGAGAAGGCAUACGCGCAGCAGCUCACUGAGUGGGCCCGGCGCUGGAGGCAGCUUGUGGAGAAGGGGCCUCAGUACGGGACGGUGGAGAAGGCCUGGAUGGCCGUCAUGUCUGAGGCGGAGAAGGUGAGCGAGCUGCACCUGGAGGUGAAGGCCUCGCUGAUGAACGAAGAUUUUGAGAAGAUCAAGAACUGGCAGAAGGAGGCCUUUCACAAGCAGAUGAUGGGGGGUUUUAAGGAGACCAAAGAAGCCGAGGACGGCUUUCGGAAGGCACAGAAGCCCUGGGCCAAGAAGCUGAAAGAGGUAGAAGCAGCAAAGAAAGCCUACCACGCAGCGUGCAAAGAGGAGAAGUUGGCCAUAUCACGAGAAAGCAAUAGCAAAGUGGACCCAUCCCUCAACCCUGAACAGCUUAAGAAAUUGCAAGACAAAGUAGAAAAAUGCAAGCAAGAUGUUCUUAAGACCAAAGAAAAGUAUGAGAAGUCCCUGAAGGAGCUGGACCAGAGCACCCCCCAGUACAUGGAGAACAUGGAGCAGGUGUUUGAGCAGUGCCAGCAAUUCGAGGAGAAGCGCCUACGCUUCUUCCGGGAAGUUCUGCUGGAGGUUCAGAAGCAUCUGGACCUGUCAAACGUGGCCAGCUACAAAAACAUUUACCGUGAACUGGAGCAGAGCCUCAAAGCUGCCGACGCGGUGGAGGACCUGAGGUGGUUCAGAGCCAACCACGGGCCAGGCAUGUCCAUGAACUGGCCGCAGUUUGAGGAGUGGUCUGCAGAUAUGAACCGAACUCUCAGCCGGCGAGAGAAGAAGAAGCCCAGUGAUGGCGUCACUCUGACAGGCAUCAAUCAGACAGGCGACCAGGCUCUGCAGAACAAGCCCAGCAGCGACCUUAGUGUCCCGAGCAUCCCCACACGGUCAGCGCAGUCACUGUCCAGCUACAACCCCUUCGAGGACGAGGACGACACGGGGAGCACCGUCAGUGAGAAGGAGGACGUUAAGGCCAAAAACGUGAGCAGCUACGAGAAGACGCAGAGCUACCCCACUGACUGGUCAGAUGACGAGUCUAACAACCCGUUCUCCUCCACGGAUGCCAAUGGGGACUCCAAUCCGUUUGAUGAGGAUGCCACCUCGGGGACAGAAGUGCGGGUCCGGGCCCUUUACGACUAUGAGGGGCAAGAGCAUGACGAGCUGAGCUUCAAGGCUGGGGACGAGCUGACCAAGAUAGAGGAUGAGGAUGAGCAGGGCUGGUGCAAGGGACGCUUGGACAAUGGGCAGGUUGGCCUGUACCCAGCGAAUUACGUCGAGGCGAUCCAGUGACAGCCCAGUGGGCUGGCUGGCGGAGGGGUGCGGUCCCAGGAACUCCGUUAGCCGUCAGCCUGGGCAGCACUCUGGCACCUCCAGCCAGCCGUGUGGGCGUCCACUCCUUUUCCUGCAGAUGAUGGUUCUGUUGCUCUUGGCUUCAUGGUGUCUCUUGAAGACGGAUGAGCUGGUCAUUUCACCUAGGACUUGGCUGCCUUUCUACGGCGCAGACGGAGAGAGCUGAGCACAGGAAGAUGCAGUACAACCGACGUCCCCAGCCCUGCCCGCUCCCCGCUCCCCGCGUGUGGCUUAUCAUGGACCUGUGUAUUCUUGACCUCUUUCUGCGUCUCCUCUGCGUCUGGUGGGUUAUACUGAUUCUUCCACUGAUUCCUUUCUCUGAUGCGCUCAUCACCCUCAGCUUAAAUGAACAAACUUACAUGCCAUUUUCUGAGGUUCUUAAUUUAAAGGCUGUGUACCAGUUGUACUUGUUGAAUGCCUGUUCAUCCAUUCACUUAGGCUUAGUUAUGGCACAGACUGCUGUACACAGGCGUGAGAGUGGUACCUGUUUCAUGUUGUACUGUUACUCAACCGCCACUGCCUGGGCCAGCUGCGAGCGCCUGGUGCAUUUAGACAAGACCUUUGAGGCAGAUCACAGUGGAAGAAGGGACCACAUUAUGUUUGGGUUUCUGCUGUGAAUGUGUGGGUGUCAGAAAUGGCUGCCUGUAGUACUCCCCAGAGUCACCAUAUUUAAAAACUAUUUCCACUCUUCAUACUUAAAACUUGGCUCUUGCAGAUUAGUAACUGUCCGUGCUGUGGAGGCUACACUGAAAAGACCUAGCUUUUCAGGCAAAGGCACCUAUAGAUCAAAGAGCCUGUGUGUUCGACUGUCUUGUCCUGGUGUCUAUCUGUAUAUAUUACUCGAUAUUCAGAGAAUCUAAAGAGCUUGUCUACUGUUUUCAUGAGAUUUAAAGGCUCUUGACAGUGGAUUUAAUGUGUAAACUGCUUGAAGACCGUGGCAUUCGGACCCAGGCCUGGCUGCUCCAGGCUCAGGAUGUGGGCCCUGAGCCUCUGAAGUGGACACUGCUGGAGGGAAGUCUGCCCCACUGGCCAGCUGUGGGUCCACCUGCUGACUAGCCUUCGUCCCCUCCGUAGCAGAACACUGUAAAACUCCGGGUCUUCCCAGCAGUUGCAGACUUCAGUCACCCAUAUUCCUUGUGAGCCAACAAAAGCUGGGUCUCACCCCAUAGCACAAGGGUCUCUUCUGAGUGUCCUUGGUCAUCAGGGAGCAGAUGUGCUGCAGCAGGAAGCUACACUGUAAUCAUGGGCAGGGAGGGGGGAGGGGGAAAGCUUUUAUUUUGUGUAACAGACGUGGAGAGGUGGCCGCUGCCAUCACAAGCUAUGCAUUUACUAUGUUCCAGUGAGCAUGACGUCUUGCUUGGAAGGUGAAUGUGUGUAUGUGUUUAUCUUGAAGACUUACCAGCAGAAAUCCUCAUACCUUUGCUACAGAUUACCAAAAAUUGUCAGGUCUUUUCAGUUCAGGAGUUUCUUUAAAUGUAUAGUAUUUUAGGAAAAGAAUCAAUAAACCAUUGAUCUCGUGAGUGUGACAGUC